GUCUCAGAGGAGGGUCCCAUCUCAAAGUUGUUAUUAGCGCUGUGUGGGGGCAGAUAUAUCUGUGAACAAGGUCACUGGCAGUGGACUUUCUGCACGUGGCAGUAGAAGGUUUUGUGGAUUGUUUCUCAUUUUCAUCCGCCAUGGAGGUCCUGUCACUAUCUUUACAUGGAGGCCAAGACAGCCAUGUUUUACAAGCAGAAAAUGAGCUGGUACGUAAAGGACUCCGUCGCAAACGAGAGUUCAUACCUGAGGAGAAGAAGGACGCCCUCUACUGGGAGAAGCGUCGAAAGAACAACGAGGCAGCCAAGCGAUCCAGAGAGAAGCGGAGGAUGAACGACUACGUAGUGGAGAGUCAUCUUAUGGCCCUGAAAGAAGAAAACACACGACUUAGUGCUGAACUACUGGCGCUCAAGCUUCACUUCGGCCUGGUCCAUCCUGCAGCCUACACCGCUCACCAGAGUAACCAAUUACAACACAGUGUUCACAGCAGCAGCCAGCCAAUCACUAACACGCACCACCCGUCUCUACACAGGGACUACUACUGGGUUGGCAGAGACUCUUCUGUUAUCCCUCGCCACCCGUCAUCACCCCCUUUUUUAUUUCCUGCAUAUACUCUCCAACCCCUGAGAGGCUUUCCAUAUUUGAACCCAUCCAGUACUGCUAGCUCUGGCCUCCUCACUCCCCUUGUCCUCCCUCGAAAUGUCCUUCCCACCCACUCAUCCUGUCCUGCACCCCCUCUACUGAAGCCUGUUCCAACUAGAGGUACCUCAGAUGAGGAGAAAGAGCAGCACGUCCCAGGGGUGCUGCCCCUGUACUGCUCUGCUCCACCUUGCAAAGUCUCAUCAAGGGGAGACAGAAACAACUCUCCACCACAUUACACGUCCAACUGA